AUGAUCGGAGCUGCAAGGCGCUGGUUGCGCCGCAAUCGCAGAGGCCUGGCAAUUGGAGCUGGUAUUAUCGGUUUAGGCUACGUCGCUGGACAGUAUGUACUGUCCAAGUUCUCCGAGGCGCGAGAACGUAUGAACAGUGACAGGAUAGCAAAGGAAAACCUCCGUCGACGCUUCGAACAGAACCAAGCCGAUUGCACUUUUACCGUCCUCGCACUUUUACCUACUGCCACUGAGAAUAUACUCGAAGCUCUUCCGGUUGAGGAGCUUACGCAAGAGUUACAAAGGAAACGAGCGGAGCGACUGGCUAGAGCUAGCGGGUCGGAUGUGCUCACCUCUGAGCCGAGUUCUUCGACUGCUCCAAGUGUUGUUGAGGAGGAUGGCAAGAGCUUGACUAGCUUUCAGGCCGAUAGCUAUAUUCAUGCGAGUCAGGUGGCUGAUUCGACGACUUCGGACCCAGAGCGGCCAAGACGUACCAAGGCACAGCUGUGGAAUGAUGUCAAGAUAUACUCAAUAACGAGAUCAAUUGUCCUUAUAUAUACAUUGUCUCUACUGACCAUUCUUACCCGAAUCCAACUCAAUCUUCUCGGUAGACGGAGUUAUCUCUCCAGUGUCCUCGCACUUGCUAGUCCGGAGGGAUCAAGCAUUCGUCUAGAAGAUCACGAUGAUAUGCAAGCAUUCGGUAAUGAUUUUGAGACCAAUAGACGGUACUUGACAUUCAGCUGGUGGUUAUUAAAUCGAGGAUGGAAGGACUUGAUGGAGAACGUCCGCGCUGCCGUGGAAGAGGUAUUCGGGCCUCUUAACCCUCGGGAGGAUAUUACCCUCAAUAAACUUUCAGAGUUGAUUCUGGACGUUCGGAAAAGAGUAGAAGGAGCUACGGAGGAAGACAGAAGGGCCAAACAAUGGCUCCCAUACUUACUUCCUCCCAAGGAAGAUGAAGAUACGGUACUGCAAGAAUCGGGAGUCCUCAGUUCCGAUACACCAUCAUCACCUCAGACCGCCGCAAACUUGAGACAAUUACUCGACGAGACAUCCGAUCUGAUUGAGUCACCCUCAUUCAGCCGGAUCUUGACCUCAUUGAAUAAUGAAGGAUUCGCCAAGUUAAUUGAACAAAAGUGUGCCAAUAGUCUUUUUAACAAAACCCCAACUUCAGAGCCAACUCCUAUUACCACUUUUUCCUCAGCAGCUACAAUUGUCCCGUCUUCUUCUCCCAAGGCCAAGCUCGCAACAGUCCUAGCGCUAAUUACCCGUGAGAGUCAUAUUAUCGGCAAUGGCACAAAUCCACCCAACGAAUAUCUCGUGGCGAUGGAACAGGGUGUCCAGGAAUUGGAGGCCUUUGCAGCUGUGAUUUAUAGUUCUAAUUUCCAUCUUGGACUUUUGGAGUCUGAGAAUGCUGUUGCUGCUGCGGCCAAGAUACAGGAAGAAAAUCAACCGGGACUGAGAUCGGCUGAUGUUGCUUCGGCUGAGCAGUCAAUAGCAAGCAAACAAGAGCAGGAAACAUCAUCGGUAACUGAUGAUAACGCAUUUGAGAAAGUUUGGGGUAAAGCCGUUGAGCGUUCUGGGUCUGGUGAUGAGGCGUAAAUAUAUCCAUGGAUGUGAUUGGAUUAUAGGACAUCAGAGGCUAGA